AUGGAGUGGAGCGCGGAGGCCCACAGCCGCUUGCAGGACGCGCUCCGCCUGUACCCCAGUAGCCUCGGGAAGGAGGAGCGCUGGCAGCGCAUCGCCGAGCACACCGGCCGCCCAAAGCGGGAGUGCGUGGCACGCUAUCGCGAGGUGGCCGCCGAGCUGCAGGCCAACAAGGCCCUCGACCAGCCCACGGGCCACGGCGGCGGCGCGAUUGUCGCGGCGGUGCGGCAUGCGCCUCUCAAAGCGCCCGUCACCCCGGCCCCGAUUGGGCGCGAGAACCUCGGCUCGCCGCGCUCGAGCGGCGCCGAGGGGCUGGUGGACCCAAUCUCGCUCGAGCCGCUCGCAGCCCUCGGCUAUCCGCCCUUCUCGCUCGCCGCGGACUUGGACCACCCCUCCGACAACGACCUCUUCGACGGCAACGUCCUCGCGUCGUACCUCGUCAGCACGGGCCGGUUUGAGCACCCGAUCUCCCGCCGGGCGCUCGAGCGGUCGGAGUGUGCUCGCCUCGACGGGUACCUCGCCUCGCACCGUCUGCCCGCGGCGCGAGUCGCCUACGCCUUUGACCACCGCGACGAGUUUGCGUCGGAUGGCAGCGGCAACCAGGUCGCGGCCCUGCGAGAGGAGGCGUCCGCCGUGCUGCAGUCGCUCUUUGCCGCUCGCUCUCCCGCGGCGGCGGCGAGUCGCGACGUCGAGCGGAGCCCGCUACUCGGCCGCGGCCGCCGUCUGCCCGACGAGCCCGCCAUCAGCAGCCACUACGAUGGCUUCCUCCUCGUCGACGACGAUGCCGUGCCGGGCGCGGCGUCGGGCCGCUCAGGCGGGGAGCCAGCCCGGUGGGCGGGGCACGGGGCGGCAAGCCGGGUGGCGGCCCAGCGGCCUCUCUCGGUGGCGUGGGAAAGGCAGCAGCGGCGCGGCGCGCGCGCCGGCGGUGGAGGAAGCGGCGGUGGAGGAAGCGGCGCCCAAGCCGCCGCGCCGCCGAGGACCGUCGUCGCUGCGGGCCCGCUCAUCGGCGGUGCCGGGCGGCAGCGUGGCGGCAACUACCGGCCAGACGCGUGCGUCAUGUCUGGCGGCGGCGGCGCAGCCUCGUCUUCGGUCGCUCGCGGGCCGGUGAGCUCGGCGCCCGCGCCCGCGCCCGCGAAGAGCAAGGGGCAGAAGAAGGCGGCGGCCAAGCAGCGCAAGGCGCAGGAGGCGGUCGCGCUGGAGGCGGUGCACAGGGCGGAGGAGGCGGAGGAGGCGGCUGCGGCUGCGGCUGCGGUCGCGGCUGCAGCAGAAGCGACAGAGGAGCGGGAGAGGGCCGAGGCGGCGGCCGCGGCCGCCGCUGCGGCCUCCGCGGCCGCCGCAGCAGCGCGGCCGCUUGGAGUCACUCCAAGUUUGGAGCAGCUGAGUUUGGAGCGCCCCCGCCGCAAGGCGCUCGAGCCGGCGGCGGCAGGGGCGGCAGGGGCGGCAGGGGCAGCAGGGGCAGCUGGAGGGGUGGGAGGCGCGGCGGCGGGAGGGGCGGGGCGCUGGGCGGCGCUGCCUCCGCCUCCGUCGGAUCGGGCGGACGCCGCCCGCCGCCACCGCGCGCUGCUGGCGGCCCUGUCGGCGCGAGCCGCCGCCGUCGCCGGCGCGGGCGACGAGGAGCAGCUGCUCGGCCCCUUCAAGGAGGCGUCGGCCGCGUUCGCAUCGUCAGGGAAGGGCGCCGCCGGCGCGUCGACGCUCGAGGCUGCGGCGAGGGAGUAUGUCGAGCUGACGCUCGACCUCUUUGGCAGGGAAGGGCUCGCGCCGACGCUACUCGAGCUCGCGGCCCUGCUUCCGAGCGAGCCGCUGACCCGCGCCAUGAGCGCCGUCCUUCAGAGGCUGUGGGGGCUGGAGCGGGCGAGCGGCGCGGGCGGAGGCGUCGCGCGGGAGGAGGAGGGGGCGCUCGCGAGGCAGGUCUCUCUUGUCGAGCUGGCGAGCGGGCACCCUCCCGCGCGCAAGGGGGCCAAGGCGAGGACCAAGGCGGACGAUUGCGUCUCGCGCAAGGGGGCGGCCAUCGCCGUCGCCGCGCCGCCGCCCUCCGGCAGCCAGCCACCCGGCGCUACGGCCGCGAGCAACACCUCGUGCAGCAGCUCGAGCUUGCUGGCGCAGCUUGCGCAAUUGGCGGACGAGUCGGAUGCCGCGGAGGGGAUCGCGGCAAAAUAUCGGCGCUGA